AUGACUACAGCACGAAGCACGGACAGAAGUACGAAGGUGGUGGAGCGUGGUGUUCGUUUCCAACAGCAACAAGUCCUCUUGGUACAAACGUCGACUUUAAACCAUGUCCGGAAAGAUCAUCAACUACAACAAGAGGCUUUUUGGCCCUGGCCCAGAUUCACCAUGUGUGCCGUUCACGGAGUCGCCAUGGGAUUGGGAGUCAGCCUUUACUACAAGUUCUUCAUGGGUGAUCCAGAUACCAGAGCCAUCAAACAAUACUACGAGGAGAACCCCCCCCGCUAA